AUGCAUAAGACCUCUACACCACUGCCAUCAAGCCAGCAUGGAUCUGGGCUAAAACUGCUGAACGCAAAGGAUGACUUGAAAUGGUGUUUGGAGACUGGAAAGCCACCUCGAGAAACAGGGUCGAUUUCGUUCCAGGUUGAUUACCCCACAGAAAAUCCAGAGAUACUCGCAAAUAAAGGCAAAGGCAGAGCGGACGCGCCAAACCUGAGUGACGAUGUCUUAGGUGUUCGAACCAGAAAAUCCUUAGUCCCUGACUAUGCCUUGAUGGUAGAGGCAAAUGGUACACCACGAGCCGUCGGGGAGGCAAAAACACCAUGGAACCACAAUUUCAUGGCUGUGUGGGAAGAGAUCAUAGAUGAUCCAGCGGAACCCAAAUUUUUGGCAAGCCAAACCCUAGGCCAAAUCGGAAACUACAUGAUUGAACUUGAACUCAAGUUUGGGUUUUUAACCAACUACCAACAUACCUUCUUCCUCAAGAGAGAAGUGAAUAAAGACGGGAAAGAAACAAUUUACUGCUCUAACCCCAUUCUAUACAAACAUUCACCUAUGGCGGGAUCCAAAAUCUCCGUUCGUCAGGGCCUGCUCUUCCUUGUGGGAUCUCCUCAUGGAGAGAACGCGUGGUACGCGAAAAAGUUGUCGGAGACAAACAUUCUUAAGAGGGAAAAGGGCGAGUCAAUGAAGAAUGUGAGAGAUAAGUUUGCUGCUGUCACGAAGGGUAAAAUGGUAACUCAGACUUCCGCGCGUUCUGGCGCCGGCGAAGACCUUGCUAGUGAUUUCGCAAGAGGAUUGAGCCUUGGAGAAGAACCCCGGCGUCGGGCUCAUUUUAUGGACGACCCAGAGGCUGGGAGGAAAAAGCCAGGAUCUUCUGGCUCUAAAAGAAAGUGA